CGGAAAUGUCUUACGUUUCCCCACGGAGGUUCGGGUGGAGGUCUUGCUUGCCGCCCGGAUUACGGUAGCGGCCUUAACCCAGGAACCAAGCCAACGUCAGAUUCUGACUUUCAAGUGCACGAGUACACCAUGUGAUCUUCAUAACGCGAGAUGAGGAUGGUGGUGAAUCGACGGGUCAUGCACGGCGCGAGUCACUACCCCACGGGCGAACCUAUCAAAGCGACAUUAGGCAGCGUGCGGACGUCUUUUCGCUUCGUUCACCUGGUCCAGCUCGCAACCCCUCAAUGAAAUGGCAUGGCACCUCCGCAUGUAGCUCGCUGAGUCCGAGGCUGUAUGGGACGUACGCCGUGGUACUUGCCCCGAACGGCGCCGCCUCCUCCGCAACUGUGAUCCUCCUCCCCCCCAAAAGCGAAUCUACAAGAUCCUCGAAUCCGCUGAUUUUAAACGUCGCGUCCAGUUCCAUCGCCAAAGAAGGAGGCGAGGGAGCAAUACUCCUUGUUGUUCACGACAUUGUUUGGACGCUGUGAUCGGCGCGCGCCACUCGGGCUAUCCAACAGAAAUAAGUGAGAAUCGAGAGCGUGCAAUAUGGCUGCGAACGAAGAGAUACCGAAGAAAUACAAGGCUGCCGUGUACGACAAGCCGGGGACAAUCAGCACCAAGGUUGUCGAGCUAGAUACCCCGGAGCCGGGUAUUGGUGAAGUACUUAUUCGACUGACACACUCUGGCGUGUGCCACUCUGACCAGGCAAUCAUGUGUGACCUAUGGCCGUAUUUUGAAAAGACGCCGGUCAACUUCGUCGGCGGCCACGAGGGCGUAGGCAUCGUCAAGAAGCUCGGGCCGGGAAAUGAGCACUCUCCCGUCAAGGUCGGCGACCGCGUCGGCAUCAAGUUCAUCCGCGGCACGUGCAUGUCGUGCGUGCCUUGCCUCGAGGGGCAUGAGUCUCAGUGCAUCAACAAGACAAUGAGCGGCUACCUUAACCCGGGCACCUUUCAGCAGUACGUCGUGUCUCCUGCCAACUAUGUAAGCCCCAUUCCGGACGGCCUGGCCUCGGACCAAGCCGCGCCGAUGCUGUGCGCCGGCAUCACGGUGUACACCGCGCUGCGGAAGACAGGUGCCAAGUCCGGCGAGUGGGUUGCCAUCGUAGGUGCCGGCGGUGGAUUGGGACAUUUGGGCGUGCAGCUGGGAGCGAAAGGUAUCGCGUACAGGAUCAUUGGUAUCGAUCAUGGAUCGAAGCGAGACCUCGUCAUGAACAGCGGCGCGGAGGCCUUUGUCGACUUCACGCAGUUCGACGACGCGGGCAUCGUCAAAGAGGUCCAGCGCAUCACGGGCGGCGGCGCCAAAGCUGCCAUCUGCGUUACGGGCAACAACAAGGCCUACGCGCAGGCUUUCGCGGUUCUCGGCAGGGGCGGUACGCUGGUGUGUGUUGGUAUGCCGGAAGGCGAGCAGCUGCAGCUGGAGGGCGCCUACCCGGCGGCAUUCAUUCUGAGAGGCGUCAACAUCACGUAUGCCUCGGUAGGCACGCGCAAGGAUGCACUGGAAGUGCUUGACUUUGCGAAGAGAGGAAUCGUCAAAAGUCACCACCAGAUUAAGAAACUGGAAGAUUUGACAGAAGUGUUUGAACAGAUGAGUCAGGGCAAACUGAACGGCCGCGUUGUCUUGGACCUUGACUAGACCGGUUGCGAGCUUCUCGAAGCGGACAAUCACAGGACGACGAGAUCAAUCUUCAAUAGCUAUCGUCAUGGCUCUGAACAUGUUCAGACUCUCUGUAAGCGACGUAGCAUGGCAACCUGCUCUACACGUUAUGUCUUGGCCCAUCUAGAAUUAGCAUUUAUCACUGUGCCCCAGCGAACUUGAUCAUGAAUUAAUGCAUUCCUGUUCCUAUCA